UCUUGGGCCUCCAGUUAAACAGCUUCAUUAACAGCAUAGAACAUCUCUCCCAGGCUGUUUUAGUUUUGGCAAAUGGUGCUGUCUAUGUGCUGAGUUUUACAGCCUGAAUGAUACUUUCAUCAUGGAAUCAGCUGUGCUAAGUUGAGAUGAUUGAUCCUUUCCUGUCCAUGGACCGGAGAAGAGUUACAAGGCAGAGCCAUGGUCCCUCUGCCCAGGGUGGUUCCAGUGCUUGGCCUAAGGCCUGGCCCAGGCUCUGUGGACUGUAAAGGCCAAGUCUACAUCUGGGGCAUCAAAGAGUGACUGCCGCACUAGCCUCCAGCAGAGACUCACUUCCUAGAACUAUGCAUGGAAUAUGGUCCUGCUCACACUGCCCACCAGCGGGGUGUUUUCUGAAAGUCCUCUCCACCCUCUAUGACUGCAUGUGGGUAUUGGCGUAUUGGCUAUUGAACAAGAAGUGGACGUCUCACACAGGCCAGCAUGUUAUGAAGCUUGGCAAAACCCUUGAGGAGUUAUCAGCUGAGCACUUUGGCCUUUGGGCAGGACUGAAGAGUUUUGUCUAAAGAUGAAAGCCUGCCUUGCCAUGUCACUCCACAAGAGAGUGACAUCUUACAGAUGAAUGGAGAGUUUACUGGAGGCCGUGGAGUGUCAAUAUGACAACCCACCACCGUCAAAAAUAAGGAAGAGCUUGGACACCCUCCUAUCAAAGGAGAAUGUCAAUUCAAGAGGGUCUGGUGUGGCUGCACACUAGAAAAUAGUGGCUUAAAAUAGUGAAACAGCUAAAUGCUUGCCCAAAAGAUUUGGGGGGGGGCGGGGGAUGCGAGGGCCUCUGUGUAUAGCAGGAUUCUAAUUCUUGGUAGUCUGGACACCUAUGUGUGUAAGCAAUUCUGGGUAGAUACAGAUUUUUACAGAUUCCUUGCACUGAUUACAUACAUACAUAUACAUACAUAAUAUAUCAUUAUAAGUAUGUGUGUAUGUGUUUGUGUGUGUGUGCACGUGCAUGCACGUGUGUUGCUGAGGACUGAACCCAGGGCAAGACAUGGGUUCUACCACAGAGUUAUACCCCUAGUCCUCAUUUAUAUUUAACCACACUAUCUACAAGCUAUAUCAAGUCUGCAGAAUGGCGUGCAAAUACAAAUGCUUCAAGUGCAUCCCUAAAAUCAGCUGCCCUACAUAACAGCUUGCACUUAGAAGCAUCCAAUUCAUUCUUCAUCAACUGCACUGAGCUGAACUAGUCUGACCUGUUUUUAUAUUCUCCAAAUAAAAUGGGUAAGAAUGUUUUCUGGUCAUUCACAGCAGAGUUGACUUUCCAAUCUUUGUUAGGCUCUUCUUCUUUGUCUAAUCCUAACAGUUAUUGUAUUUCUUUUCACCACUUGAUUUUGCAGGAGGGUGGAGCUUCUUGGGGUUGGGAAAGUUUCAAGGCUAUGAAUCAUGUUGCUGAAGGCAGGCAGAACUUCCAAGUCACGCUAUUUAUUGAAUGCAGAAGAUGCUAUUAUUCAUGGCAGAGUGAACUGAGCAUCAGUCAGAAAACGUUCCUGUUUGCAGACUACAAACCCAAGAGAGCCAGGAUGGGCACUGCCGGAAAAGUUAUUAAGUGCAAAGCAGCUGUCCUAUGGGGAAUGAACCAGCCCUUCUCCAUUGAGGACAUAGAAGUGGCCCCACCAAAGGCUAAGGAAGUUCGUGUUAAGAUCUUGGCCACAGGAAUCUGUCGCACAGAUGACCACGUGAUAAAAGGAGCAAUGGUGUCCAAGUUUCCAGUGAUUGUGGGACAUGAGGCAGUUGGGGUUGUAGAGAGCAUCGGAGAAGGGGUCACUACAGUGAGACCAGGUGACAAAGUCAUCCCUCUCUUUCUACCACAGUGUAGAGAGUGCAAUGCCUGCUGUAACCCCGAGGGCAAUCUCUGCAUUAGAAGCGAUCUGACCGGCCGCGGAGUACUGGCCGAUGGCACUACCAGAUUCACGUGCAAGGGCAAACCGGUCCAGCACUUCAUGAACACUAGCACCUUCUCUGAGUACACGGUGCUGGAUGAGUCUUCCGUAGCUAAGAUCGAUGGCGCAGCUGCUCCUGAGAAAGCCUGCCUCAUUGGCUGUGGGUUUUCCACUGGUUAUGGAGCUGCUGUUAAAACCGCCAAGGUCACCCCUGGCUCCACUUGCGUUGUGUUUGGCCUGGGAGGAGUAGGCCUGUCAGUCAUCAUGGGCUGUAAGGCCGCGGGUGCCUCCAGGAUCAUUGGAGUUGACAUCAACAAAGACAAAUUCCAGAAGGCUCUGGCUGUAGGAGCCACAGAGUGUAUCAGUCCCAAGGACUCCCCCAAGCCCAUCAGUGAGGUGCUAUCAGACAUGACAGGCAACACCGUGCAGUAUACCUUUGAAGUUAUCGGGCGCCUUGAAACCAUGGUUGAUGCCCUCUCAUCUUGCCAUAUGAACUAUGGAACCAGUGUGGUCGUUGGUGCUCCUCCGUCAGCCAAGAUGCUCACUUAUGACCCAAUGCUGCUCUUCACUGGGCGUACAUGGAAGGGCUGCGUCUUUGGAGGUUGGAAGAGCAGAGAUGAUGUACCUAAACUGGUGACUGAGCUCCUGGAAAAGAAAUUUGACCUGGACCAGUUGAUAACCCACACCUUGCCUUUUAAAAACAUCAAUGAAGGGUUUGAAUUGCUUUAUUCAGGGCAAAGCAUUCGGACUGUCCUGACAUUCUGAGAUCUGGAGAGGUGGAUGUUCUGUGCUGGGUGACGGCAACCCGAAGCCUUCUUCCUGGCAGUGCUCACUGAGAUCAUGAGUCUGUCUCAGAAAUACAUGCAGAAGUAGAUUUGGUGAAGAUGUAGAAGCUUUAUCAAGUUUUAUAAACCUUUAUUUUAGUUUAGUAAGUGCCUGGGACUAGCAGGGGACUCAAUAGAAACGUUAAGUGCUUUAAUUUGUGUUUCCUAAGGCUAUAAUAUUUUUACAAACAUAUACUUGGAUUUCUAUUUGCUAGAACAGGGAUUGUUCGCAGAAUUUUACAUGGUCGCUGUGACGUAAAGUAGAUGCAGCAUGUAGAGAUGUGGUACAUGCACAUUUAGAGAAAUACCCUCAAACACGCUACAACUCCUCAUUCUGUUGUUUAACAGAAACACUUUUAAAAUGUGUUAUAAAUUAACUUGAAAUACAUUGUGAAAUUGCACGCAUUACUUGAUUAGAUUAAGAAAAAAAUUGGGAAACUUAAGGGAAGGGCACAUUUUUCAAUGAUUAACUCUAAAAUUAUCAUUAUGUAACUUUGUGACAUUCAAAAGGCACAACAGUGCUGGGACUAUUUGUCUGUGUAUAUUAAUAUUUUAUAAGACAAAAAAAAUUUAGAAUAGCCAUUACAUAUGAACCAUAGCUAUAAUAACAUUGUGAUAUUUACCACAAUAUUCAGUUUAAUAAAGCAGAAUUACAAGUCCU